GUCAGCGUCUGUCUCACCGUCUGGUCACUCUGCUCUUCUUGUGUUGUGGUUUCUGCUCCCGCCCUGGUGCAGUGUACGGGCAACCCAGAAACAAUCUCCCCCUUUCACGAUGCCCACUGCCUCCUUGUGUCACUGUGAGGCGGGACACGUCUGAGGGAGCGAGGGCGUGUGUGCGUGGCUGGGAUGGGCGGCCGGGCGGGGUGAGUGGGGGAGGAACACCGCCACUCACCGCCGACAAUGUGCAUCCCCAAUAUAUCAGUAAGGUCCUCGCGCCAGACAGAGAGCAGAGGGAAGCAGCGACACAGUGGGAGGACGAACACGUGGAGGGCAAGAGACAGGACACGAAGACACUAAUAGCUUGUGAAGGAACGGGGGAAGUGAGUGAGGAAUAAGAGGUGUUACUUGGAUAUUCGUAAGUGGACUGCAGUGAGUUAAGAAAAGUGAGGGAAGUGUUACGGGGGUGUUACAAAAGGUGACAGAAAAAAGUGGUGUUUCUCUGACGUUAUAAGUGGGUGUAAGUGAACAAUAGUGAGUGUUUUUAAGUGACAGACAGACUGGGAAUUAAUGCAGAGAUUCAUGUCACUUGGAACACUAAUACAACAACACUGCACUGCUAUUACUACUGCUACUUCUACUACUACCAUUACUACUACUAACACACCCACCACCCCCACCACCACCACCACUACUAAUAAAACCUCACGUACUGCUAUUAAAAUGAACUUUAUCAACAAGGGCAUCAUGACAGGCCGUGCUAAGCUAUCCAAAAUCAUCCACGUCAAGCCAUUUCAACUCAGUGACGAGAAGAACAAGGAGAACCUCGACAUUUCCAAACCGAUACAACACACACCACAAGACGCGACGCUGCUGGACACCAAACUGCCUUCCUCCCUCACCAACAGCAUAGAGGACGUGUAUGUGGGCUCUCCUCGACCUUCACUGCGCAAACCAACACCAAGCCCGAGCUCUAACCGCCGCUCACGCUCCCUAGAUAGACUGACAGCCUCCGGGACAUCAAGUGAUAGGAGAAAUUCAUACUUUGAUAUCCGUAACCAUACACACUCGCUCGGGUCACAACAGGAGUUGGCGCCAGUUUUCACAACGACCUAUAGAACUGUUUUCUCUACGCUCACCACCAACACGCCCACCACAGCUAUGAACGGCGCCAACAGCUACAGUAACUCCAGUAAAAAUUCGCUCAGUAAUGCUAGUAUAGGCAGUAGGUUCAAGACAGCGGAGUUUACGUUUCAGAAGUCUCCCGUGAAGCGUCGUGCCAAGUGGUAGUAAUUAUCGUACAGUAGAAUGGUAGAUAAAUAAAUAAGAUGUAUGGAGUGUGUGAAUGAGUGACUGGGAAGAGAACGGAACUAUAUAGAAUGUAUGAAUGAUUUAAACAAUAUGGAAUGUGUGAGUGAGUUAAUGAUUGAAACUGUCACUUGUGAAAUAUUUAAACUUUAUAGUGCGUGAAGGAUUGAAAUCAGACAAUGUGUGAAUAAAAAUGUGUGAACGGAUUACAACUAUGUGGAAUGCAUGAAUGAUUUAAACAACAUGGAACCUGUGAGUGAGUUAUAACACGAGCAAAGGUAAUAAAGUCGUUUAGAAGUACCUGAUCAUAAAAAACUUCCACAUCAGCCGGACAAUAUCGCAAAUUUACUUGACUUACACGAAAACAAAAAUAAAUAAGCAAAUAAAUAAAGAACACACGACAUUAAACCCUAAAAAUACCCAAAUCACACAUGCUAUAUCUAAAAACAAAUUUGACACCGGUAAAAAUACAGGAAGAUUACGGUAACAUGCGUGGCUGGGGGCGGAAAAUAGCGAAAUGUCGUACGCUGAAGGAGACAUUGUUGUACUUCCCGGCUUCCCAUACAGGCAUGUCCGUGUGUGUGUGUGUGUGUGUGUGUGUGUCAAUGAGACCUACAGGGUAAUGAUUUAGAGGUACUGGUGUCCUUUGUGUGUGUGUGUGUGUGUGUGUGUGUGUGUGUGUGUGUGUGUGUGUGUGUGUGUGUGUGUGUGUGUGUGUGUGUGUGUGUGUGUCAAUGAGACCUACAGGGUAAUGAUUUAGAGGUACUGGUGUCCUUUGUGUGUGUGUGUGUGUGUGUGUGUGUGUGUGUGUGUGUGUGUGUGUGUGUGUGUGUGUGUGUGUGUGUGU